CCAUGACGAGGGGUGGGUGCAGGGCCUCAGGAAGAGCUAGUCACCCCGGACAUUAUCUACAAUCCAAGCGUGCGGUAUCAGACCAGUCCGUCGAGUCGUGAAGGAAGUUGGUCAAAAGUCUGGAAGCAAGCGAGGUCGUCACGGCCUAGCCUUGGCAAACUGAAAUGCCACUCAUUCGCCAAUGUCACCGGACCCGAAAGUUUAGAGAUAUGUGUGCCGAGCGACAGCACAGCAGAUCAGUCCCGACUGUAUGCUAUCAAGAAGCUUCCGAACUUACUGCCUUGGGAUUGCCUAGCCACGUCUCCCUCGCCCGCACUUUUCACUCAUCGUCGAGCGAGAGCUUAUGCAUUUCCUGUCUGCUCCCGAUUGCUCCGAGUCGUCGGCACGUGAUCCGUAGCUGCGGCAUCCAUCGGACUAAGCCGCAAGCAGGGAAUCUCUUACCGUGCUGGCAAAUCACGACUAUUCGCUGCAAUUUGCUUCUGCAAGCUACCGAUAGCGCGCUGCCGCUCUGGACGACAAACAUGUGCGGCUCCUCGAGGAAGAUGCAGCUCAAAGCUCCUUCCUUCAAGCACCACGUGGACCUACAAAAUUCUUACCCAGUCGGUUGCCACCUACAUGCGCUCAAUGACAACCCCGCUGCACCGCACGUGGUCACCUUCCCUUGUCGGCUGGGAGUAUAUCUAGCAAUCUCUGACGACCUACCUUGUCCUUGGCGAGAGAUGCGACAGCCAGGGUCCAUGCACCAGGCGGUGACGGCAAGCUCCCUCGGGUUUAGCUGCAAUUAUCCCACAUACCGGCCACCAUACUUUGUUUUCGCUCAAAGUAAACAACGGAACAGGACUAGCAGCAUUCAGACGCUAUGUGCUCAAGUAGAGCCUGUCUGAUAUUCGGUCAGGUUCAAAAGUCUGGGUUUGGGAGCUCGGCAAGACUUCCCGAAUCUCCUGGUUUCUACCACCCUUCUUCAAU